UAGUAACAGCUGAGACACAGAGAUCAAAACAAUCGAGGAAAGAAGGAUAUCGGAUUUUCUACCAACGAUUUGCGUAAUUAUUUCCUCGUAAAAUCGUCAGAAAUAAUUCAAGGAAAACGGAUGUUCAUCGUUGAACAAUGGAUAUUAGAGACAGCAGUGAUGAGGAAGAGAUACGUAAUAUUUCCUCCUUCACGAAAUUUGACGAGAGCAUCGAUGUACAAAACGCCGAAGAGAUACAGAGUCCAGUGAUCCGUAGACCUUCCAGUUCGAGAAGAUCCAGGCAAUAUCCGAUUAACGAAGCUCGAACUUCCAUAGAGAUAAAUUCACCUCGUGAAAAAUAUAAUUUUCGAAGAUAUUCUGAUAAUGAUAAUAACUUCGGGAAGGUCAUGGGAAUUCACAGUGAUCCGUCAGACAGCGAGGAGAGUGAUGAUGAUGAUAUCCAGGGAACGAUAAACGCUCAACAGAUUGAACUUUACAAUCCUAAGGAUUUCGACGAUUUAAAAGUCUCUACAGAGGUGAAAGAAUUAUUUCAAAACAUAAUGAGAUAUACUCCACAAAAGAUAGAGUUGAAUUACAAACUCAUACCAUUUAUUCCCGAUUAUAUACCAGCCGUGGGUGAUAUAGACGCUUUUAUAAAAAUCCCACGACCAGACGGUAUAGAGGAUAAAAUCGGUUUAAUCGUUUUGGACGAACCCUGUACCAAUCAAUCCGAUCCAGCUGUUCUUCAUCUUCAACUGCGUAGCCAUUUACGAAGCGCCGGUAUGGCAACAACAGUGAUUAAAAGAAUCGAAGAUGCCGAGAAAAACGGGAAGUCGAUCGAGAAGUGGAUAGAGGAUAUAGAUCAGCUUCACAGAAGCAAACAUCCGCCUGCCGUUCACUUAACCAAGCCUAUGCCAGAGAUCGACUCGUUACUUCAACAAUGGCCAUCGGAAGUUGAAGAAAAGCUUAACGAAGCCGAAUUGGACUUUACGGAAUUGAAUUGCGAAUUACCAGAACUCGUCGAUAUUGUUUGCAAUCUUCUAGAUAUACCAUCCGAGGAGGAUUCGAGAUUGGAGUCGUUGCACACACUCUUCAUGCUUUAUUUGGAUGUUCGAAAUGCUAGAGCUCAAAAAUAUUAAUUAGAAAUAAAAAUCAUUUUGAUC